AUGGUACAAAAGAUAGUGGAGGUUUUGAAGGAGCAGGACGAAGUGAGAUCUUCUGAUAUUGAUGCACCAUAUUCCGAGAUACAUGGUGCAUUGAUAAGCCUUGAGAGCAAAGGGAUAUGUGAUGUGAGAAAGGAGGAAUCAUACCAAGAAGUGCUGACUCCUGAAGGAGAAGAGGUAGAGAAAAAUGGAAGCCCAGAAUACUUGUUUUUUAAGUCUAUAGGAAAAGAUGGUAUAGAUUCUGAUGAGCUAUCGAAGCAUGAGGUAGGAAAGAUGAAUGCAUUUAAGAAUAAAUGGGUAAAAAGGAAAGAUGGCAAAAUUUUUAGAAGCGUAGAAAAGGUUGAAGACAUGAUUCGAAAUAUGGUUAUCAAUAUGAAGAGAGGCAAGGCAACAGAUGAGGAGAUAGAGGUUCUGAGGAAAAGAAAGUUGGUGAUUAGAAAGAAGAAUAUUGUAUUCGUGGCAACUAAAGGACCUAUGUUUUUUGACAAUACCUCAUAUGCUACUGAGCUAACAUCAGGAAUGGUUCUUGACGGGUCCUACAAAAGCCUGACCUUCAAGCACUAUAAUUUUGAUGCUAAGGGGAACAUUCCUCAGUGUGGAUCGAUACACCCCCUCAUGAAAAUAAGAGAGGAUUUUAAAAGAAUAUUUAUUGAGUUAGGCUUUAGCGAGAUGCCAACUGAUCAGUAUGUAGAGUCGUCUUUCUGGAAUUUCGAUGUAUUGUUCCAACCUCAGAACCAUCCAUCUAGAGAUGCCCAUGACACAUUCUUCCUCUUGAAUCCAGAGCUUAGCCUAAACUUCCCGAAAGAUUAUCUCAAUGAGGUUAAGGAAACCCACUGUGGAGGAAAAUACGGGUCUUUAGGAUACAUGAACAACUGGGACAUUAAAGAGGCACAAAAGAACAUAUUAAGAACACAUACAACUUCUGUAAGCGCUCGGAAUCUGUACAAGCUUGCAAAGGAAGGAUUUAAGCCUGUGAAGCUUUUUUCGAUUGAUAAGGUUUUUAGGAAUGAGAGUGUUGAUGCAACUCAUCUAGCCGAAUUUCACCAAGUGGAGGGGUUAAUAGCUGGAAAAGGUCUAAACAUAACUCAUCUCAUGGGAAUCCUUCAGGAGUUCUUUAACAGACUAGGGAUGUGCGACAUCAGAUUUAAGCCUGCAUUCAAUCCAUAUACGGAGCCUUCAAUGGAAGUUUUUGGAUACCAUAAGGGAAUGAAUCGAUGGAUGGAAGUUGGGAAUUCGGGGAUAUUUCGGCCAGAAAUGUUAGGACCUAUGGGGUUUGAUUCUGAUGUAAGUGUUAUUGCUUGGGGAUUAUCUUUGGAAAGGCCUGCCAUGAUAAAGUAUGGGCUGAAGAACAUCAGGGAGCUUGUUGGGCACAAAGUUGACAUCGAAUUCUCAAGAAAAAGUGAAAUAUGCUUUUUUGAUUAA